GGCUCGGCCAGGGCCAUGGAGCCUCUGGAGACCCCCGUCAAGGAUGGCAUCCUCUACCAGCAACACGUCAAGUUUGGCAAGAAGUCAUGGCGGAAGGUGUGGGCACUGCUGUAUGCAGGGAGCCCAUCAGGCGUGGCCCGGCUGGAGAGCUGGGAGGUCCGAGAUGGUGGCCCAGGGCCAGCAGGUGACAGGACUUCAGGGCCUGCCCGGCGGGGAGAGCGGCGGGUCAUCCGUCUGGCUGACUGUGUGUCCGUGCUGCCGGCCGAUGGUGAGAGCUGCCCCCGCGACACUGGGGCCUUCCUGCUCACCACCACCGAGCGCAGCCACCUGCUAGCCGCGCAGCACCGCCAGGCCUGGAUGGGCCCAAUCUGCCAGCUGGCCUUCCCGGGCACCGGGGAGUGCUCCUCAGGGUUAGGAGAGACCGAGUCUCCGGCGAAGAGCCUGGUCCCCAUGGAGGAAAACUCCAUCUACUCCUCCUGGCAGGAAGCUGGAGGGGGAGCCACCCUCACGGCCACCCCCACGCAGUGGGACGAGUUUCCAGUGGGGGUGCAGAGGACGGAGGCUGCCACCCGCUGCCAGCUGAAGGGACCCUAUGUCCUGGUGCUGGGCAUGGACGCCGUCCAGCUGCGCGAGCCCUCCAGCCCCCAGGCCCUCUACGUCUGGCCCUACCGCUUCCUGCGCAAGUUUGGCUCUGACAAGGGCGUUGUUCUCCUUCGAGCCGGCCGCCGCUGUGACUCAGGAGAGGGCUUCUUCGCCUUCAGCAGCCCCCGCGCCCCCGAACUCUGCAGGGCCGUGGCUGCAGCCAUCACCCGCCAGCGGGACCGGCGGCAGGAGCUGGCCACGGCGCGGCCCUGCCCCCUGCCUCGGGCCACCUCGCUGCCCUCACUGGAUCCCCCCGGAGAGCUGCGGGAGCUGCCACCGGCCUGCAGGAAGGCUCACGUAGUCCCUGAGCCCGGGCCUCAGAGCCUGCCACCGCUGCUGGGCUCCGAGGACCCAGCCUCGGCGCUCUACGCCUCCGUCUCCAAGAGGGCCAGCGGGCCCCCUGCCACCGCGGAGCACCUCUAUGAGAACCUGUGCAUGCUGGACGGGGGUCCCCGACCCCACGAGGCCCCCGAUGGCGGCUGGAGCACCGGGGACAGCCCCAUCUACCACAACAGCGAAGACCUGGGCUGGCACAGCCCAGGCCCCGACAGCAGCCUGGAGGCCCAGUACCGGCGGCUGCUGGAGCUGGAGCUGGGGGAUGCCGGUGACGAGGCCGGGGGCACUGGGCGGCCCGGCGGGCAUACAGGCUUCAAGGCCAAGCUGGUGACACUGCUGAGCCGCGAGCGCAGGAAGGGCCCCGCACCGUGUGACCGGCCUUGAACCCCUGUGCGGAGUGGCGGCAGGAGAGGGACAAGUGCUGCCCACCCCACACCCCCAGGACAGGAAGACAGGUGGGCGGGCAAGUGAAAUGGGCACAUGGACACACACACACCCAUGUCCACUCUGGCCUGCAGGGACAGGCCAGGCAGUCUGGGGAGGACCCUGCACCCACCCCCAGUGUACAGUGUACAGAGGUUUGCUAAUAAUAAUAAAGCCUCCCAGCUCCGGC